AUGGCCCAAAACGACGACGCCCCGAAGGGCAUGUUUGCUCGUCUCGGUUUCGGCGGAGGGAAAAAAGUGACCAAGGCCAAGCUCGGGCUGGAGUCGGCGUUUUACUUUGAUGAGAAGACGCAGUCGUGGGUGGACGGGAGCGCGCCGGCGAGCGGGACGGCGAGCGGCGCCGCGGAGAUCGGCGCGCCGCCGGUGAUGCAGCCGCCGAACGCGACGAUGGCGGCCGCAUCUCUAGACGGCGACGCGCCGAGCGCGAGCGCGUCGAGGGAAGGGCCGCCGACGGGGGGAGGCGCGGGACCAACUCACGCGGGGACGCGCGCGCGAUACGUUGACGUCUUCGCGAGGGAAGGGAUGACUUCGGCGCAGGUCGCGGCGCCGAUGGCGAACGUGAGCGCGUUCGUGCCGAGCGUGGCGCCGAUUGGUGGGACAGGAGCGCCCAUACCGCACGGGGGGAUGCAAUUUUUCGUGCCGGCGCCUCGGGCGGCGGAUGAAGGCGGCGACGAUGAGAGCGAGAGUUUACGCGAGCCUCUGGCGUUGAUGCAGCCGACGGUGAGCGAUGCGAGCGCGGUAGAGGAAGACAGAGCACCAGUAUUGCAUGAUGUCGACGUCGGCGGGACGUCGGUGAGCGAUGCGCCCGCGCCGGUGGUCGACGCGGGAGACCGCGAGGCUGAAGGCGCGGAUUUCGGCGGCGGCGCGAGCGACUGGGCCGAAGCCGCGGAUGGGUCUCCGCGCUGGGCCGAAGCCGACGUACCGCCAGUUGAGAGUGAUCAACAACACCCGCAAUGGGAAACGCAGACGCAGGAGUGGUUGCAGCACGAAGACGCGUCGAUGGGCGCGGCCGAGGUGGCGCAGUGGGACACGAACGCGCCUUCGACGACUGAGUGGACUGAAACAGAAAUCGUCGCUUCGGAGACUUACGAAGCGCAGCAAGGUGACGAACGCGGCGAUUGGAAAGGUUACGAAGGCCACGACGAUUACGAUUACGACCCUCGAUGGAAGUACGAUGAAAACACCGGCGAGUGGUACUGGGACGGUGGCGACGACGAAAACUGGGUCGAACGCGCGACGCACGACGCUGCGAUAGCAGAACUCCAAGCGGCGAUCGACGCGAGGGCGUCGGAAUUAGAAGACAUCAAAUUGAAUCGAGACGCUCUUACCGAAGAGCUGGCGCACGCGCACGCGACGACGAACGAACUAUCCACAAAGGUACAAGAUUUGGAGGCCAAGCUCGCCGAGCGGUCGACGUCGCUCGAUUCCGCCGUCGAUGCCUCGGAAGAGAGUUUAAGCGCGGCGUUCGAGCGAGGGUUCGAGCGAGGUAAAGAAGAGGGCUAUACAGAAGGUUACGCCGCCGGUAGUGCGGAAGCGCAGGAAGAGCUCGCUGAUCUCUUGGUGUGCCUCGGCCAGGAAGGACGCCGCGUGGAGAAGCUUCGCGAGAUGCUCGCGGAAACCGGCGCCGACAUUGACGCCAUCAUCGCCGAGUUCGAGGCGGACGAAGAGGAACAAAUCGCGAAUCUCAUCGAUGGCCAAAUACAACACGAUGAAUUCUCCGCGCCAGAAGACGUCUCCAUCGACGCCAUCGCCGAGCAAGAUCUCUCCAACCUUCCCGAAAUUUCCCAAUCCAUGAAAGCCAUGGCGGCGGAAAUCGACACCCCCGAGCGUCUUCGCGACUUCGGCGCCGCCUCCAACUUAAACCCCUCCGCGGAGGAGUUCAUUCUUCCCACGCCUCCCAAGGCUAAAGGUCAAGAGCGCAAUCUCGCCAACGCGUUCGAGAUGGCGUAG